AGCAAAUUAGCCCACUCGUCCCGAGAAUCAGUAAAGAGUAUACCAUAAUGGGUUGUUGUUUUGGCAAAAGUAAAUCAGUCGAUUUGCCCGCGGUUCCGCCGGCUCCAGCCAAACAACGCUCCACUCUGCCAGAAUUCCCGAUUUCUGGAUCGGUGACUAGCACGGCUCCUGCAGGAUCUGGAUAUGGAUCUGGAGGAGCCACCAAUGCGGCCCUCGAGGAUGACUAGACGUGGUUAAAGGAACAGAAAAAACGUUCACGUCCAGGGAAAACUGUAAAUUUGCCAAAUGGCAGAUUGGAUUAUGAGUCAUUCCGUGCCGAGAUGUGGUUUUUUCAAAGUUGUGCACCCUUUGUAGUUAGUAUUGUAGUAAAAUACGUUGUUUAUUGUUGGAGAGUAUAAAAUUGUUGGUAAAUUAAAUCAUAACUUUAAUCUCUUUG